UCUCAACAGCCAACUGAUGGUUCCGUCCAGAAAUAUUAUUUUGCUUCUGAUCCAUGUUGGAAUCAGUUACACUAAAGUAAUCAGGAAUCAAACAAGCAGAUUUAGGGGAACUGUUGGUUGCUCAGAAAACAGUGGUUUUGUACUCAAACAUCUGCAUGGAUAGAAGUCUCAGCGAUUGGGGACCCGAAAUAAGAAACCCAUUGAUCGUUUAACUCUUGAAUAGAAAGAGGAUACAGAACAUGUUCCUUUCCUUGAAUCAGCAAGCACCUUCCUGCCAGAUUCUUGAAGCAACUAAGAUUGACCGAACAUUGGACCUCGUCUUGAGACCACGAGGUUACCCAGCACCACAUUUAUUUCCAAGCAGAUGUUAGGGACGAAAGCCGGACGCUCUCUGUAUCUGACGGAGCCCAAGGUCUGACCACAUGGAGCCCAAGUCAGAAACCCUCACGAAUUUGCCCCCAAAGAUCUGCUCGGAGAUAGAGCAGUGCAUGGCUGGUAGAUGAAGUGUAGGCCUCACGAUGCUUGGGGAGGGUAUAAUAAGGAAAUCAAACGUAGACACGUCCUCUUAUGGCUGCUUUUGAAAAACAUGCAAUGUCGAAGCGCAUGCAAACUGCUUAAGAACAACAUAUUCAUUUCAGUUCUGAAGUAUGGAUAUCAAGGACGAAUCGUGGGUAGAAGCUGAAACACGUGAAGUGACGCGUACUGCAGACAAUUUAACAGCUACUCGCCAUGACCAGGAAGAGUUGUACACACACAGCUUACUGACAUAGCACAUGGUACUCGACUUGUCUGCCAGUUGGGAAAGCUAUGCCUUGAAUGGAUGAUAAAAGAUCCACCUCUUGAACUCUGUCCCGUCCCGAAAGAGGUGUAUUUGAAGGUCUCCCAAACGCGGAUCUGAGAAGAGCGAGUGUGUGUUUACUGUCUGGUCUGUCCGGAUCCCAGAUGGAGCCCCGGGUUUCGCAAGACUUCUGUUCAUCUGUAGUCUGUACAGAGUAGGGCAUGCAGGAUGGAGUUGGUCAUUACAAUAGUGGUCUUAUUGUGUGCGUCGGUGCGAGCACAAGAUCUAGGGGCCGGUGGCGUUCCGCCGGGGUACAGCCCUCCUGUCACCACGGGAGAAAAGGUCCCUACCGAGCCGACUCUAAACAACAGGACUAAAGUAGGCAAACCCUCUGAAGAACGCAGUCCAGACGACAGUGCCGCCAAUGAUCGCCAGGUGGCAGCCCUGCAGCGCGGCAUCUUGAACAGACGACUGUCCCGACUGGAGGGACAACUCCAAGUCAUGCAAAACAGCAUACUGGGAAGCCCGAUGUUGCAAGAGUUGGUCCAGCAAAGAGAAGACGUGGAAGUGCAGAUGUCGGAUCAGCAGGCCGCCAUCGAUAGCCUACAGUUCCAGGCAGACGGGCUGCUCCAGCGCCUGUCCAGCCUGGAGAUCCUCGUCAACCGCAUCAACCGCAACCAGGAGAAGUUCGAGACCUACGUCACCAAGCUGGUGGAUCAGAUGAAGGCCGUGCUGCCCGGGAAGCUGGUGCGGGACAGCGGCCUCAACGGUAACGCCCAGCAUCAAGAAAUGCCACGUGAUUGUGCGGAGGUGUAUACAGGUGGGAACCAUACCAGCGGGGUGUACGACAUCAGGCCGCACGGGCAGCAGACUGACAUGCCACACUCUGGGCAGGGGGCGCCCUUCUCUGUGUACUGUCGUGCCCGGCACCGCCGAGGUUGGACCGUGAUCCAGCGGCGGCAGGACGGGACCGUCAACUUCACCCGCUCCUGGACGGACUACAAGAACGGCUUCGGCGACUUGGGUGGGGAGUUCUGGCUGGGGAACGACAAGAUCCACGCCAUUACCGCCCAGAAGAACUACACCCUGCGGAUCGACAUGUCCGACUGGGAGGGGAACAAGGCUUACGCAGAGUACGACCACUUCGCCAUCGACAACGAAUGGCAGGGCUACAGGCUGCGGGUAAGCGGGUACAGCGGCACCGCGGGAGAGUCCAUGUACGCUAACCAUGACUCGGCCUUCAGCACCAGGGACAAGGGCAGUGAGAACCAGGGAUGGGUGGACUGCCCCAAGGAGAUGAAGGGAGGCUGGUGGUACACGCAGUGUGGGGACUCCAACCUGAACGGACUGUACCACCGGCAGGGGGAGCACGAGGCCAGGCCAGACGGCAUGUUCUGGUGGUGGUGGAAACGUGACUGGUACUCCCUCAAGUCCGUGGAAAUGGCGGUCUUUCCCCACUACUACCCUGUCUUCUGAAUCGUCAUAGAUAAACGAGGGCGCUAAAUCCACCUAUUUUCACUAUAGACGACAAUCGUUGAGCAACCGUACUGCGUUUAGCGUUGUGUGACCCCUGAUUUGAUCAUGGGGAUAUUAAGCCAGAUGUAAAAGUGUAUUAAAAGGCAACAAAGCACACCAACCACAAUUUGAUAGUUCUUUAUGUAUGAAAUUCGUUGAUCUAUCUGUCAAAUUUUUGUUAGCUCAGUGAUCAAUGUUUAAUAGUGGAAAGGGGGUGUUGCUAAUACAUAAAGUGUAAUUAUUCUUCGAAAGUGGUCUUGAUUUGAUCCCCCUGAUGAUUUCGUUUGGAAAGGUACACAAAGUAUGUGACAAAGUAAGUAGAGUUUUGUGGCAAGGUGCGGUCACACAACCUUAGAAGUGCCUAAGUCACCAAAAGUCAACAUUUUUAUUACAUUCUGCCAUAACAGUACCUUUCAAUGAACAUAACCGUUUGCACAAAAUAUACACCCUUCUGGUGUUUUUGAAUCUUACCAGUCAUACUUCCAGCUCCUGAUUCCUGCUGCCAGGUAGUUAGGUUGAUUUACGACCGUGACGUCAUAGUAAACACGACAGCCAGUUCGGAACCUGGUACUGCAACUCGCAAAAAAGAAAAAAAGAAACUUGCAAUCGCUGUACGAUGACUCUGUACUGUUGACUUCUCUUCUCGUGAGAGGCAGUGCCUGGGUCCACACUGACUGCUGUGGUUACUAUGUGGAAAUUGGCUCGAUCACCUGGCAGCAGAAAUCAAGAACUGGAAGUGUGAUUUGUAAGAUUCGCUGUUUAAUAACACCAGAUGGGUGUUUAUCUUGUACAAACAUUUUUUUCAUUGAUUGUUUCUUAUGAUAGAUGCUUGUGAUCAGGAACUGUUGUAUUUUAGUGUCAUUGGUGACACAAAUAUAUAAGCAUUUUAGAGAC